GCCCCGCCCUGUGAACACUUGCAAUGCACGAGUGAACUUCAACUGUCAAAAGUGGAGGACACAUUAGCUUUUGAGCUGUGCGGUUUUCAAUUAUCAGCAUCGCCUUUGUAAGUGAUCGCACAUCAAUACGCUGUAGGUGUGAUCGAGGCGAAAUUUGUGCACAAAGCGCCGGAGUGCACGGAGGCUGACGAUCGGGAGGGAUAAAGAGUGUCGUCCUAGAAGUGAACAAGUUCUUGGUUGUUUUGGGGGGCCGAUUGUUGCCAAUAUGUCCAGGAAUCCCACAUUUGUGAGUCCAUUCCACAGACCCCACUGUUUGGCCGCUGCCGCCCAGGCAGGAAAAGCCAAACUCACCCACCCUGGCAAAGCCAUUCUAGCAGGUGGUAUUGCUGGAGGAAUAGAGAUCUGUAUUACAUUCCCUACAGAGUAUGUGAAGACUCAGCUGCAGUUGGAUGAGAAGGCCAACCCUCCCAGAUAUAAAGGCAUCGUUGACUGUGUGAAGCAGACGGUAGACGGUCAUGGGGUGAGAGGUCUAUACAGAGGGCUCAGCUCACUGCUCUAUGGCUCCAUACCCAAAGCAGCUGUCAGGUUUGGUGUGUUUGAGUUCCUCAGUAAUAAGAUGCGUGAUGAGAGUGGGAAGCUGGACAGUACCCGGGGUCUUCUCUGUGGGCUGGGGGCUGGAGUGGCUGAGGCUGUGGUGGUGGUCUGCCCCAUGGAGACAGUCAAGGUAAAGUUUAUCCAUGACCAAUCGUCAGCCAACCCAAAGUACCGGGGAUUCUUCCAUGGAGUCAGGGAGAUCGUCAGAACAGAAGGCCUGAGGGGGACGUACCAGGGUCUGACAGCCACGGUACUGAAACAGGGAUCCAACCAGGCCAUCCGCUUCUACGUCAUGACAUCUCUAAGGAACUGGUACAAAGGUGAAGAUCCCAACAAGGCCAUUAACCCUCUGGUCACGGGAGCAUUCGGAGCCUUCGCUGGAGCUGUCAGUGUGUUUGGAAACACUCCUCUGGAUGUCAUCAAAACCAGGAUGCAGGGUCUAGAGGCUCACAAGUACAAAAGCACCCUGGACUGUGCCGUCAAGAUCAUGAAGCAUGAGGGACCUAAAGCGUUCUAUAAGGGUACAGUCCCCAGGCUGGGCAGGGUGUGUAUGGACGUAGCCAUCGUCUUCAUAAUCUACGAGGAGGUGGUGAAGGUCCUUAACAAAGUCUGGAAGACGGACUGAGAUCAUGUUUCCGUGACAACCAGCGGAGUGGAGAACCCCCGGCAGGGCGGGGCUAUGGCCUGAUUCCAAACCCAAUCCCUCUGCCCUAUCCUUAGGUUAUCCAUGACUUGCUACCUCCUUACAUAUCUGAUAUGGCUAGUUAUAUUUCAUUACAAAAAAGUUGUUCUCUGUCCCCUGCCAUUGUUUGCUUUAGUCAGUUGGAAUUAAAUGCAGCCAUGAUAAGUCUAAACAAUCUGGGGAUGAGUGCACUUCGCCUAUUAUCCUAUUGUUUAUACCUACAUCCUCUGUUCUUCUUUAUAUCCACAGGGGGGAGUGAGCAAGGGCACAUGGGUAGGGUGAGGGAUUUGGCCUAUAUGACUGGAAUAAUGGGAACACUGUAUCAUUCCAGAGCAGUGUCUUAGACUGACAGUGCUUCAGUUCACUAAUUGCUAUUAUUAACAUCUUAUGUUGUACAUUAAUCAAAGAUGAAACAAUACUUAUAGCUAAAACCCAAUAUAAUGUGAUGUAAAUCAAAGGAAAAAACUUGAAAUGAGAGGGGAGGAUCAAAGGCUUUUAACUCCAAAGACCAUGUUGUAUAUUUAACACGAUGGUGUGACCCAGUGAAAUGGGUCUGGUAGAGAUGUGGAGGCUGUCGUUCAUACACAUGAUAGCACUACAACAGACAUGCCUGUUCACGUGUCACAUGGGUGUUGUUUUCCAGGUUUAAUGCAGGUCUGAAAUGUAGCUGCUUUACAUACCUGAUUGCAAUUGCAACACAAUGCCUUAUAUAUCAUUAUAUUCAGAGAUAUCUUUAUGGUAGAACGCUACUAUAUGUACAGUGCCUUGAAAAAGUAUUUGCCCCCUUUCUGAGUUUCUCUAUUUUUGCAUAUUUUAAUACUGAAUGUUAUCAGAUCUUCAACCAAAAGGGAACCUGAGUUUACAAAUAACAAAAAAGAUAUACUUAAUUUUUUUAUUUAACAUUUUGCUUACUGGGACUUCUAAUUUUGAGAGGGGCAGCAUUCCGCAGUAAGAACCUUACACCAACGGUCAAUCAUAGGAGUCUAGGUGUCAUUUAGAUUUUGGCCACCAGAGGCAGCAGGGGUUCAAACUGGAUAACCCAGUUCCAACAUUUUAAUAUAAAAAUUGAUUUUAUCAAACAAAACUAUGCUACAUCUUAUCUCUUGGACCUUCAGUAUGACAAAUCAGAGCAAGAUUACUGAAUCUUCAGAGGUGAAUGUAUCAAACCAGUUGCUGUGAUAAGUGUUUUGUUGUUGUGCACUCAAUAAAUAGCAUGCUAUUUUUUUUACUGUAAUAGCUACUGUAAAUUGGACACUGCAGUUAGAUUUACAAUAAUUUAAGUGUUCUGCCCAUAUAAGACAUGUCUAUGUCCUGGAAAGUUGGCUGUUGUCAUUCUAGUCACAUUAGCUCACGUUAGCAACAACUGUCCCAGUUUAGGGACACCGAUCCCAUAGAGGUUAAAGCAGUUCUGCAUGGAAGAGUGGGCCAAAAUUCCUCCACAGCGACGUGAGAGACUGAUCAAGAACUACAGGAAAUGUUUGGUUGAAGUUAUUGCAGCUAAAGCUGGCACAACCAGUUAUUGAGUGUAAGGGGGCAAUUACUUUUUCACAGAGGGGCAUUCAGUGUUGCAGCAUAAUUUUGUUCAUGAAAUAAGUAAGUGAUUGUUGUUAUUUGUUCACUCAGAUUCCCUUUAUCUUGUAUUAGGUUUUUGGUUGAAGACCUGAUAACAUUCAGUAAAAUUAGAAAGGGAGCAAAUACUUUUUCACAGCACUGUAUGUAGUAGUAUAAUAUUAAUUGUUCAAAUAAGAACUCAGUUUUGAAUUACAACCCAUUCUUAUUCUAUGGUUGUCUUGAAUUACAACCCAUUCUUAUUCUAUGGUUGUCAUAACCCUGUUUUGGCAUAGAAUUAAGAAUGAGAAUCCUAAUUAAAUAGUAUUUUUAAUAGGAUUUCUAUGUUUUUUGGUGUCUGUCGACUACAGAGAUGAACAUGUUGUACCGUAUACUCAGACAUUCUGCAGAAUGAACCAAAACUUUUCAAGUGAAUUACAUAAAAACUGACCAAGAUUGAGAUGGUGAGGGACUUUGCAGUUGUAAAUGUGAAACGUCAGAAAUAUAUUUACAUAGUGAUUGUUUGUGCCUGCAAAUGUAGUUUAUGAUGGUUUUAGAAAUCUGGUGUAACAUCUCUAGUGCUACUAAUGUCUAAAAUUGAAAUGAUUCAUGUUGCAUGUCUUAGCUGGGUCAGUUUUUCCUCACUGAGUUACAGUAUGAUACAAUAACACCUAAUCAUUGUUUUUAAAGUGUUAAUUUGAUAUAGACAGUAACAGUAAUGAUGCCUUGCUGAGAUGUUUAUCAAAUCUACUGGUACUAGUUGACAGUAUAGCUUACCAGAUCAUCUUUGUAAUGCAGCCUUGCAUAAUUCAAUGUGAGGAGAUAUUGCCUGGUAAUGUUACCUGGCAGUUAUCGAGUAGGUAUAAAUGCCCUUGGAUUUACAAUUAGUUCACACAUAUUUUCUUGGUAGUGUUAGUGGAUGGGGUGGGGACACCAAUUUUUAUUUAAGAUGUCUAGAUGUAUCCUUUUGCAAAACCUAAUAGACAUUUUUAAUGAAACAAUACAUUUGCCACUGUCAUGGUCUCGGCAUCUAUUUUUUAUGCUAAAAGACAAGAUCUUAUGUAAGCAUGUUUUAUUGAAAGACCAUGCACAGCCAUUGCAGAUUGUACUGCCUGAGAGACAUUUGUAACAUUUGCGUUUGGGAUUUUGAAUAUGCCAUGUGUGCAUUAAAGAGUGUAAAGGAUUGUAUACAAGA